ACGGUAUCGCAGUAUAUCCCCCCAACACUUCUGCAGAAAAACGCUACAUCGUGUCUGCAUUGAAAGGUGCAGCAAGAGAGAAACAGAAGGGUUAAUCGUGUAUCGGUUUAUACUUGAUUCUACGAGACAUGUAACGAACAAUAGUGGCAAGAUUACAAUGCAAGACGAUAUUUUCCCGGCAGCAGAGAAAAUCCUUUCCGACAUCGAAAAUGUGGUGAAGAAGAAUCCGUCACUGAAAAGCUUCGAAAUAAUUCCCGCGGAAGAUAAUGAAAAUAAAUCACCAGUAUUCCACCAAGAAGAUUGUCUUGGAUUGGCUUCGUGGUGCGUGCAACCGCUUUGUUGCUACGCUUAUCGCCGACUCUUUGAACUUCGCCAGAAUAAACACAGGCGCGAGGAGCCGAGUACAAUAGCAAGAUGGUUAUUGGGCGCUUUGCUAUUAAACCCGGACGUGACAACGUUUUGGAAUAUGCGACGGGAAUUAGUGAGAAGUCAGAAGUUAGAGGUGUCGGAGGAGUUCGCGUUCUCACGGUUGGUGCUUUACCAUAAGCCAAAAUGCUUCGACGCGUUCGCCUACCGACGGUGGUUAUUGUCGUACGUAUUGAACGCCAAAGACAGCCGGUACGAUUUCAAUUCGGUGGACUCGCCCCUCUGCACGGAAUUGAACCUGGUGACCACCUGCGCGGACAGGUACGCGAACAAUUAUGACGCGUGGAGCCACCGACGACAUGUUAUGGCGCUCCGAGAGUCACGGGGAUUCGCUUAUCCGAUAUUCGAGACCGAGUGGAAGAACACGCUUGCCUGGUGCCAGAGACACGUGUCGGAUUACAGCGGGCUUUCCUAUCGACAAUUCUUAUUGCAGAAGUACAUGUUCGAGUUGAAGGAACUGCCGAGAGAGUCAUUGAUAAAGUGUCCGGCGGUCACGGAAAAAUCUAAAGAGGAACUGUUCGCGUACAUUAAGUCCAACAUCAACGCGCAUAAAUUGCAGCGGCUACUCGAUGCCAUGGGGGCAGAAUACAAAGCGAGUAGCACGAGCGCGGAACAACAAGCGUACUUCCGUACUUUAUCCUACUGGGCGGAGGAAUGUCGCGCGAACGAGAUCGCCAUUUGCAUGUAUCACAAUUACGAGGCCCUCUGGUGUCAUCCAUUCCUGCCGCAGGGAUCAGAGUGCCGAGAGAUCGGUCGUCGCCCCGACGGAUCUUCGGAACGAGUUGGUCACGAUAGAGGACGACGUGACGUUGUGCCAUGAUUUUCUCGUGGAGACGUUCCACGCGCGGAACGAGAAACUCGGAGAGCUCGCGGCCGAACGAGACCAACGUGAAAAGAUGCUGGUCGAAAGAUUCUUCAAGUUUCUUCGAAAUAUCGGGUUCGAGAUCAGGUGUUCAUCCUGUU